GAGAAACCCUCAUCCCUUUCUAUCAUCCCUCCCAUGGCGGAGUCGUCCGAGAACGCCACCGCGGCGCCCGUGCCCGCGCCACCUGCCGCCCCCGCCCCGGCCACGGUCCUGUCGCCGGCGCCGAAGAUGUCCCCGCCUGCCAACUCCGGGAUCCCAUCGCGGUACGACCUGCACGCCAAGUGGGACGCCUGCCUCGACCUCUCCAUCCACCGCGUCGCCUACUCCUCCCUCGCCGGCGCCUUCGGGGGCCUCAUCCUCUUCCAUGAGCCAUCCAUGGAUGUACGGUGA